AUGAAGCAUUAUGAUGCCAUAUUAAGUUAUGUCUGCGGCUUACGAUCCUCUCCCACCACACCGCAAGCGCCGCGCACGCCCGGACACGAUCGCCAAUUUAGUCGCGUGCGAGCACUUGCUUUUAUUGGGUGUGUUUUGGUAUCUAUCUUCUUUGCAAUGGCGAAUGAAAACUUAGCGGGACCGAGUUCGUGUGCUCCGCUGUUGAGUACUUCAUCGGAAUCAGAUGAAGACGAAUAUAAAAUCACAGAGCAUACGAAAAAACGUCGAAGGCAAAAUAAAGUUUGGGUUUUUGAAAGAAAAUUUAUAACUGUGCGGAGCGCUGAGGAAUUUAUCAAAAAUGAGAAGACCUGGUCAAUACAAACAAUUCAUACGACUGAAGAAGGAGUAAAACGUUACUAUCGUUGUAACAAAGUGAAGCUUCGGGCUGAAAUUCAGUGUUCUGCCGCGAUUUAUCUUUUAUUUGACGCAUCGUGUGAUGAUAUAUUAUUAUUUCGUACUGAAACAUGUCACGACCAUGAAAAUUCUGACUGUCAGUCGACUAGGGGAAUAAAUGAGGCAACGAAAAAGGAAAUAGAAAAACUAUUCGAACUGCGUUUGAAACCUAAAUCUAUUAUGAAGAACUUAAGUAAAAUUAAUGGACUAGUUCUGCCGACUAAGUUACAGUUAAACAAUUAUCUUAAAAUCAUACGUAAGAAAAAAUACGGGCCAUCGGUAAUAAGCUUGGGACAGCUUGAAUUAUGGUUAAAAGAAAACUCUGAAAUACCUGAUGACGGUCACGAAGUUUUUGUUUUGGCGUAUGAAAUUUCUGAAGAUGAUUUAGAUCAGAACUUCCGGUUCAUGUUAACGACGAAAUAUUUAAUUGGUCUAUCACGCCAAUGUUCUGUUCUUCACGCGGAUGCCACAUAUAAGCUCAUUUGGCAAGGGUUUCCAGUACUUGUGAUUGGAACUACAGACAGAGAUAAACAUUUUCACCCAUUUGGAUUAGCUGUGACAACAGCUGAACGAACGGAAGACUUCAUAUUUUUAUUUUCCGCAUUAAAAAAAGCAGUUUUCUCAAUAUUUUCAUACACUUUAAGUUGUAAAGUUUUGGUCUGUGAUGCAGCGAAGGCUAUACAAACUGCCUUUGCGUGCACAUUUGGAACAGAUACAGUCAUAAGAAUGUGCUGGGCGCAUGCGAAAAAGAAGAUGCAAACAAGAGUAGAGCAAAGUGUGCAAAAGAAAUCCCAAAAAGAGAUCUUACAAGAUAUUGAUGCUUUACAGUGUGCCUCAACUCAGGAAAUAUUUGAUCGAGCCAGCGAAAAAUUUUUGGACAAGUGGAAAGCCGAAAAGAUUUUGUUACAUACUUUGAAAAUGAAUGGCUAA